CUGAUUAAACUUGUGAAAACAAGAUUUUACCCCGAUUAAAAAGUUCGUACACAGUAAGGCACGUAGGCAAGUGCACCACUGGAUCCAAACUUUGGACGUCAGGCUAGUAAGCUAGUAAGUGUGUUUAAAUCACCAGGAAAUUUACUACACACUCCGGCCCAUACCGCCUUAAUUAAACUUACUUCUACACGAGCGGCCAGUAGUUCGCUCAAAUCCCACAAGGUUGGUUAGUUUCAGCUUCAUUAAUGUCACACGAACAAGCACAGAGGUGGGUCAAUUUCAGCUCUCAAACAAUGUAUUUCUGUGCUUCAACCGACAUUAAAUUUCUGAUCAGUUUGCGCGAACCUCUCCCUCCAACCCCUUCAAAACUCCUUGCAGAUCGCACCGCAGUCCUUCAAAAGUAUCCACUUCGAAGACCCAUGUCAUGGCGGCAUUCCCUCAUUCCUCGACCUGUCCUCCACCGAAUUUUCCCACUCCUUUCCCCUCCUUCUAGCGACACACCGUCCGCAUCUUUCUACCGCCUUUAUCAAUUCUUUGUCAUAGACUGGACAGUCCAAUUCCGCAACGAGCUCGAAUACUUUUGGACGCGCUCUCAACCCGAUUGGGCGCUCUCAGCCCUCCCAGAUCCAUACCCUGAUAACAAACCCAAGACAGGCUCCGCCACAGACACAGACGAGGCACUUCAAUAUGCCAUCAUGGCUGGACUAUGUUACAUCAUGGAGAAAGCGUACAACCGCCUUAUUAUGGCUGGACUACCCCGCGAUGCACCUUCCAUCGUAGAUGACUUUGAGGAGCUACGAGCAUGCCCAAAACGCCCCGAGUCAGUCCCAGCAUGGGCAGAAGCGGUCAUCCCGCUCGGUGAGGUGACGGAUGUCCCUGACUAGGAGGGGAACGUGCCUAUAGAUGAGAAUGCUGAUGAGGAUUUCUUGCUCUUCGGAGUCCAAGUGGCGACACCUCAUUGGGUUUUUGUUUGAAUC